AGUGAGGCGCUUCCGGUCUGUCCCGGCUGUGCCCGUGGCCUCGCUGCGGUGUUCGGACACCGGCAGCCUCUGUGCGAACGCGAGCGGAAGGGUGAGGAGAGGCCUCGGCGGCUCCGGCCAUGCCGCCCGCGAAGGCCGGCGGUAAGGAAGCCCUGGUGCUGCAGUGCGAGUGGGAGGCGUGCAGCUAUGUGGCUUCUGCCAUGGAGGAGUUCUGCGGGCAUGUGGCCCAGCACCUGCGGCUGCACCUGCCCGGCGAGCAGCGGGACGAGCUGGAUCCUCUCGAGGAAUACACGUGUUUGUGGCAGGAGUGUGGUUUCUGUUCCCCGGAGAGCCCCGCCGACCUCAUCCGCCACGUCUACUUCCACUGCUACCACACCAAGCUAAAGCAGUGGGGACUGCAGGCCCUGCAGGGCCAGUCGGAGGUGAGCCACUGCCAGCUGGACUUCCAGAGCCGCAACAUCGUCCCUGAAAUCCAGGAGAACUUUCAGUGCCUAUGGGAAUACUGUGAGAGAUCAUUUGAUAAUCCUGAGUGGUUCUAUCGGCACGUGGAGGAUCACAGCUUCUGUUCGGAAUACAAGGCUGCUGGGAAGGAGAACCACGUGGUCCUCUGUGGCUGGAAAGACUGUGACUGCACCUUCAAAGGGCGCUGCAAGCUGCGGGAGCACCUGCGCAGCCACACGCAGGAGAAGGUGGUGGCCUGCCCUACCUGUGGUGGGAUGUUUGCCAACAACACCAAGUUCUUUGACCACAUCCGCCGUCAGACCGCGCUGGACCAGCAGAGGUUUCAGUGUUCUCACUGUUCCAAGAGGUUCGCUACAGAGAGGCUGCUUCGUGACCACAUGAGGAACCACGUGAACCAUUAUAAGUGCCCUCUGUGUGACAUGACCUGCCCACUGCCCUCCUCCCUGCGCAAUCACAUCCGUUUUCGGCACAGUGAGGAGCGGCCGUUCAAAUGUGACUACUGUGACUACAGGUGCAAGAAUCUCAUUGACUUGAGGAAACAUCUGGAUACACACAGCAAAGAGCCUGCCUACCGCUGCGAGUUUGAGGCUUGCAGCUUCACUGCACGUUCCCUCUGCUCCAUCAAACUGCACUACCGGAAAGUCCACGAGGGUGACUCAGAGCCCCGCUAUAAGUGCCAUGUCUGUGACAAGAGCUUCACACGUGGAAACAACCUUACUGUCCACCUCAGGAAGAAGCACCAGUUCAAAUGGCCCUCGGGGCAUCCUCGCUUCAGGUACAAGGAACAUGAGGAUGGCUACAUGAGGCUGCAGCUGGUGCGUUAUGAGAGCGUGGAGCUGACGGAGCAGCUAUUGAAGGAUGGAGAGAAACAGGAGGAGGCUCUGGAUGGCUCCACUGACGGUGUGGUGCUGUCUGAAGGUGAGGGCAACCUGCAGGGCAUCAUUCUGGAGGCUCCAACAGAGGUUCCCUCUGUGGAGAGCAACGUGUCCGAGCCACGCGCGGCCCUGCUGCAUCCUGCAGCCAGCUCUGAGCAAGCACAGCCCAGUACCUUCUCAGGAGCAGUGCAGCCCUCAGAGCAGGAGCCCAGCACCCCGGCCAACCCCAUCAUCCGUGUGGUGAACCGGACCAACGAGCACGGGGAGAGUGAGACUGUGUAUUACAUCAUGGCCAGCACGCUGUCAGAGGAGCGGGCAGCAGCAGCCAGCGGGCUGGCUAUGGAGCUGGAGGAGAAUGUCAUGGACCGUCUGCAGAAGACAGCUGAAGAGCUGGGUAUCCAUAUUGUGUGAGGUGCUAAC